GGCAACACUAGAGUGUUGAGCCUGCGCGCUUGGAAAAUGGCUUAAAGGAAGGCCAACACGAAAAAAGAUCGAGGAUCUAAGAUCGAAGGAACUACCUGUUGAAACAGGACUCUUCUUAAGGCGAUCGCGUAAAAGUACUUUUCCUUGAACUCCAGCUAUCUGAAUGAACAUAUAGCAAGGGAAAACAUUUAAAACCAUGACGCUUAACGAGAGCGACGCCACCCGCCUGGAGCUAACGCGGAACUUCCUGGAGCUGUCCCGGAAUCCGGAAACCUGCACUGCGCUGCGCAGCUCCGACUGCAUUCAGCUCCUGGUGCAAAUCCUGCACGCAAACGACGAAGGACUCUCCACGGCGAGAAAGUACGCCAGCCAAGCGCUGCACAAUAUCGUGCAUAGCCAUCCGGAGGAGAAAGAACGCCAGCGGGAGGUGAAGAUGCUGCGUCUGCUCGACCAAAUCCUCGACUAUUGUAACUUUCUGCGAACCCAGCUGCAAAGUGGAGGGGAAGCAAUAGCGGAUGAUGAAGAUCGGCAUCCUUUGGCGGCCAUGAAGCUCCUAAUGAAGGCUAGCUUCGACGAGGAGCACCGCCAGACCAUGUGUGAACUGGGCGCCCUCAAGGCGAUUCCCAACCUGGUGCAUCUCGAUCAUGCGGUUCAUGGGCCGGCUGCAGGCAGGGAACAGUGUAACGCCCUCAGGAGCUACGGUCUUAUGGCCCUUACGAAUCUCACAUUUGGAGACGAAAACGUCCACAACAAGUCAUAUUUGUGCGGCCAGCGACAGUUCAUGGAAGUUGUCAUUGCCCAGUUAAACACGGCUCCCGAUGAACUCCUCCAGGUUCUUGCUGGAGUCCUUCGGAAUCUCUCCUGGCGCGCGGACAAACAUAUGAAAACGAUCUUCAACGAGCUGGGCACGGUGACAUCCUUGGCCCGAGCAGCCAUGCAAAACAAGAACGAGAACACCCUAAAAGCCAUACUCUCUGCCCUGUGGAAUCUCUCGGCGCACUGCAGCACCAACAAGGCAGAGUUCUGUGCAGUAGAUGGAGCUCUGGCCUUCCUUGUGGGGAUGCUAAGUUACGAGGGUCCGAGUAAAACGCUGAAGAUCAUUGAAAACGCGGGUGGAAUCCUGCGGAAUGUGUCGAGUCACAUUGCGGUUUGCGAACCCUACCGUCAGAUUUUAAGACGGCACAACUGCCUGGCCAUUCUGUUGCAACAGUUAAAGUCCGAGAGCUUGACUGUGGUAAGCAACUCCUGCGGGACGCUGUGGAAUCUCUCCGCCCGUUGCCCCGAGGACCAGCAAUAUCUCAUCGACCACAACGCCAUUCCGCUGCUACGCGCUUUGAUAAGUUCGAAGAACUCCAUGAUUGCAGAAGGAAGUGCAUCGGCUCUAAAGAAUCUGGUCAACUUUAGGGCUACCUUGGAGCUGAUGCCCAAUGGAGAUGGUGGAUCCCUGCCACUGGACAAGGAGUCGGGUCAUGGUGGCACCCUACCAAGAAGGUUCAGCUCACUGCGACUCAGCUCCAAUCCCACAGGCUCACUGAAGAAGGUACGACCUACCACAGUGAACACGACCGGGUUCCUAAACAGAAAGUGUGAGAGUCGCGAGUCCAUUUACUCAGGCAAAUCUGACUCCACUAAGUACUCAACCAAGUCUGAGGGAGCUAAGAAUCCAUUCGAAAUUGUUACUCCCACGGAGGAGCAGCCAAUUGACUACUCAAUAAAGUACAUUGAGCACAAACCAAGUAGCAGUAAGACUUUUGAGAUAGACUUGGACCAGCCCACGGACUUUAGUGCUAGGUAUAAGGAAAGACGAUCCGCUCAGACGGCUCAGCCGGAUCUGAAGGUGGAGACCAAUGAGAUUAGAAGCAAUGACUUGCAACUGGCGAAGUCAUCUUCAGCGACAGAACUGCGUAAUAAUUCAGCACUUGUGGCGGUUUCAGCAGCAAAGCAGAAACUUCCGAGAGAAGCGGAAACAGACACAGCAGAACGCCCGAUCAACUAUUGCGAAGAAGGAACUCCUGGCAGCUUCAGUCGUUUCGAUUCUCUGAACAGCCUGACGGAAAAGCCGGAAAAGUGUAUGCCACCGAAGACGCCAACGAAACCUUUAGUUCAACCAGAACAAUUGGAUAGAAAUACGCCACAAAACAUUGAUUCAGCACUCGAGACUCCUCUAAUGUUCUCUCGUCGCAGCUCGAUGGAUUCCCUAGUGGGUGACGACGAGACCAUUCCCUGCGAGGACAAUGGUUCCGUAAUAAGCGAGUAUAGCCGUAUGCAGAGUGGUGUCAUUUCCCCCUCGGAAUUGCCCGAUUCACCAACCCAAAGCAUGCCGCAAUCGCCGAGAAGGGAUCGUAAGAUUCCCACCCAAAGUAUUUCAGAGACUCCAGAUCGGAAACCUGGCAAUGUGUUCGAGGAUAAGUUGAACAGAUUUCACGUGGAGCACACUCCUGCCGCCUUCUCCUGUGCCACCAGUCUAAGUAAUCUCAGCAUGUUGGAUGACUCCAAUGCAAACGUUAAUCGGGGACAGCCUGCCAGUGACAUUAAUGGCAAUGGGGAUGCUCCUCGUAGUUACUGUACGGAAGAUACUCCUGCAUUGCUUUCUAAGGCGCCCAGCAACAGUGAUCUGUCAAUUCUUUCCAUUCCCAACGACUUGAAUGCCAACGAAGAGCAACCAGUCCGUGCGCCUCGAGCAGAAGUCCCCGGUCUGGACACCCGGAUUCCGGCAGAAGACGCCAUCUCCAAGAUGCGCUGCGGUGGCAGUGGAUUGCCCAGUUACUUGCCAGUUUCGGAUGAGAUGAGCAAGUAUUACGUCGAGGAUAGUCCUUGCACAUUUUCGGUUAUUUCUGGUCUGUCUCAUCUCACGGUGGGAUCUGCUAAGGCGGGUCCUGCUGCCAAGCUUCCCACAAGGAUUAUGGAGGAAGUACAGGCACCUAAGCUGCCCCCCAGACGAAGUACAGUUCAGGGGGAAGCAGAACCGCGACUGCCGCCAAAGAGAAGCGACUCUCUAAGCUCUCUAUCAAUGGAUUCGGAUGACGACUGUAAUCUUCUUAGUCAGGCCAUUGCGGCGGGAAGCUGUCGACCCCAACCAAGUGGUGCCAGUACCAGUUCCAGUGUGGCCAAUGCCAGCACAAGCACUCUAACCCGGACAAAUGGGCAAAAGAAACCGUCAGAGGAUGCCGAUAAACCCAACUACAGCUCGGACGAUUCUCUGGAUGACGAGGACGAUGAUGCACGAUCCAAGUCGCUGUUCGAGCAGUGCAUCCUGAGUGGCAUGCACAAGUCCAACGACGCCCUUGAGACAGAGGGUGAACCACCAGGGCAGCGACAGGAAACGAGUGCCCGGGAUCGGUUUGUCAGCAACCAGGUGCGCCAGAUCGAGUCGAUGUUAGCCGGGCGCCAGCAGUAGGAGCGGAUGUGUGGUUAAAUGAGAAGCACAUUUAUUUCAUUUGGUGGAUUUUAAUCUUGUCUAUGCAAUAAUAUUCUCACGGUCUCAAUUUUCCUAUAGUUCAGAUUAAAAAUUUGCACUUAAAUUUAA